GCUGGCCAUGCCUUCCCUGCUCUCAACCCCCAAGCUGGUUCCCGUAAUAGCCAGGCUCCGCGGCCUCUCAGCUCAAGCUCUGUUGCUGCAGCUGGUGGUAGAAGUGACCGCAAAUAGGCACAUUUUUACUUUGAAGGAUGCAUAUCGUGUUUACAGCGAAGGUACUCCCUCCAGCCUGUGCCAAAGAAGAAGAUUCCACACCGGUACUUAGGCCAGCCCAGCCCAGUUACACAUCCACACCUCCUCAGACCAGUGAAGGAUACCAGUGUGUCUCUCAGUGAGGACUUCCUUUGGCUGAUUCCUCAUCAGACUGGAAUUCCUGCUAGGAAGUCGGCUGACACUCAGGAAAUGCAGCUCACCACUGAAACACACAAGAAAUCAGAGUUUUUCAAAGCUGUAAGGGGAGGUGACACCAGGACUGUCUCAGGUGGAAUACGCACUUCGAAGACACAAACUGAUGGCUCUGAUCCACAAGGAAACCCAGGGGCACAGUGGGACAGACCACACAGUGGUGGUGCUCUCUAACCCCACGUACUACAUGAGCAAUGACAUCCCCUACACAUUCCACCAAGACAACAAUUUCCUGUACCUCUGUGGGUUCCAAGAGCCUGAUAGCAUUCUGGUCCUUCAGAGCUGCUCUGGGAAGCAGUUACCAUCCCACAAGGCCAUGCUUUUUGUGCCUCGGAGAGACCCUGGUCGAGAACUGUGGGAUGGCCCUAGAUCUGGCACAGAUGGAGCAGUAGCCCUAACUGGGGUGGAUGAAGCCUACACCCUGGAAGAAUUUCAACACCUAGUACCUAAACUGAAAGCGGAGACAAGCAUGGUUUGGUAUGACUGGAUGAAGCCUUCUCAUGCACAGCUUCACUCGGACUACAUGCAGCAUCUGACCGAAGCCAAAGCCAGAAGCAAGAACAAGGUUCGGGGUGUCCAGCAGCUGAUCCAGCGCCUCCGACUAGUUAAAUCUCCUGCAGAGAUUAAGAGGAUGCAGAUUGCUGGGAAGUUGACAUCAGAGGCCUUCAUAGAGACCAUGUUUGCCAGUAAAGCACCAGUGGACGAAGCCUUUCUCUACGCAAAGUUUGAAUUUGAAUGCCGGGCCCGAGGUGCCGACAUCUUAGCCUACCCACCAGUGGUUGCAGGCGGUAAUCGCUCGAACACUUUGCACUAUGUGAAGAACAAUCAGCUCAUCAAGGAUGGUGAAAUGGUGCUUCUUGAUGGAGGUUGUGAAUCUGCCUGCUAUGUGAGUGACAUCACCCGGACAUGGCCUGUCAAUGGCAGAUUCACCGCGCCUCAGGCAGAGCUCUAUGAAGCUGUUCUAGAGAUCCAGAGAGCGUGUUUGACACUGUGCUCCCCUGGGACAAGCUUGGAGAACAUCUACAGCACAAUGAUAGCACUAAUGGGGCAGAAGCUUAAAGAUCUGGGGAUUGUGAAGAACAGCAAAGAAAACACCUUCAAGGCUGCUCGGAAAUACUGCCCUCACCAUGUUGGCCAUUACCUUGGAAUGGAUGUCCAUGACACUCCAGACAUGCCUCGUUCACUCCCUCUGCAGCCUGGUAUGGUGAUCACAAUUGAACCAGGCAUUUACAUUCCUGAGGAUGACAGAGACGCACCAGAGAAGUUUCGCGGUCUCGGAGUACGGAUUGAGGAUGAUGUGGUGGUGACUCAGGACUCACCUCUUAUCCUUUCUGAAGAUUGUCCCAAAGAGAUGAAUGACAUUGAACAGAUCUGCAGCAGGACCUCAUGACCACCACUGUCGCUGUCACAUCUCAGGUCCCAGACUGGCGUCCUGCCUAUGUGUGUAGUCAGCGUCUCUGUGGCGGAUUAGACACAGGUUCUGUGGGGAGUACACAGCUAUAUGAGUGGAUGUCCUUAUAUAUCAGGACAUUUUCAUGUUAGGUAGAUGUAAAUCUGGGAAGGUAAAUUCUGGAACAGUCUGUUUCUAGGACUUUAGUGACAGUAAUUCUGGAAAGCUAGUGGUCAAGGAAGUUUAACAUGUGGAUGUAAAGUACGGUUUUGGUUGUGCAUACCCAUGCAUUCCAGUUAACACAUUCAGCAGAAAACUUGUCUUCAGGUUCUCCCUUUCCUCACUUCUGCUGAGAUACACUUAGUAUCCUAGAUACUUGUGUGAUGCUUGUGUUUUUACUCUUCACCAAUGCCUGCCUGUGCUAAAAGCUACCUGUCAGUGUUCCAGGUGGCCAAUACCUAUCCUCCGUGAUCUCUGCCUCCCCAGCCAAGCUCCAUACAUCUUCUGGGACCUCUCAGGCUCAGGGAGCAUGCGUGUCCUGCAGUCUUUCCAUUCAGCCACAGUACAGCAACACCAGCCAGCCAACAAAAGAGUCUCGGGUCUUUCUUGCCAUUCGGUUGUCCAGCACCUGGAAAGUGCCUAGGUUUUUAAAGGGGAUUCUUUUUCAAACAUCCACCUUCCUGUCCUUCGUAGGUUCUUUUCUUAGACAAAAUGUCACUGUGCCUCAGAUCCUUCACAGGCUGCUUUCCUUUGUGACAGGCUCUUGAGGUAGUUCAGGCUGGCCUCAGACUACCAGUCUUCCUGCACCCGCCCAUUUUUACAGGGGUUUUGUGGGGAUUUUGGUUGGUUGGUUGUUGGGUUGGUUGGUUGGUUGGUUGGUUAGUUGGUUGGAUAGUUGAUUUUUCUUUUUUUUUUUUUGGUUUUUCGAGACAGGGUUUCUCUGUGGUUUUGGAGCCUGUCCUGGAACUAGCUCUUGUAGACCAGGCUGGUCUCCAACUCACAGAGAUCCACCUGCCUCUGCCUCCCCAGUGCUGGGAUUAAAGGCGUGCACCACCACCGCCCGGCUAGUUGAUUUUUCAAGACAGGGUUUCUCUGUGUAGCCCUAGCUGUCCUGGAACCCUCUUUAUAGACCAGGCUGACCUUGAAUCUAAGAGAUCCGCCUCCAUCUGCCUCCCUGCUAAGAUUAAAGGCCUGCACCACCACCUCCCAGCCUUUUGCCAGUUCCCUUGAACUGGCUAUGUAUGUCAAAUCAUCAUGAUAGGACUCAGUCUAGGUAACAGCCCUGGCUCUCCUGUACACCAGGCUAGCCUCGAACUCACAGAAAUCCAGCUGUCUCUGCCUCUGAAGUGCUGGGAUUAAAGGUGAGUUCCAUGUGUCCACUUCCUACUCUAAGCUAGGGUGGCAUAGCAAUGACAAAGAGUCAUGUUUCAAUACAGCAUCAGGUUCGGUUAUACAACCCAGCUUGCAUGGUGAGCAGGGCAGGACUGGAUUAAUACAAAUGCUUUUUUCAAAAGCUCUGUGAUAAAGAGACCUUAAGAGCUAGUGUGCUAAUUUCUUUUAAAUCUGAGUGUGUGCAUAAUACAGACGACUGUACCCAGACAUAGUUCACACACACCUGUCAGCACAGCACUUGCUAGAUUGAAGGGGAUUGCUGUGAGUUCAAGACUAGCCUAGGCUACAGGGUAAGUCCCUGUUCCAAAGAUGAAAACAAUAGUAAUACAGAGAUUGAAAGUAGGAAGUAUGGGUCCUGCCUGCUCUCUUGUGCUCAUGCAGGUCAUAAGUAAAGCAUAGUGAGCUCUCCCACCAGUCCAAAUGGUACCUUCGCCUCCUUUAUAACAAUGUUCCCAGAAAUUUCUGCCAAUUAAACUUGAGUUCUGAGUUGGAGCCAGUACCACAACUGACUAGAAGACUGUAAAUGAAAGGAUCACUUAUUUAAUCAGGCAGUGGUGGUGCACACCUUUAAUCCCAACACUCAGGAGACAGUGCCAGGCUGGUCUCAGAGUUCGAGGACAGCCUGGUCUGUAUAGUGAGUUCCAGGACAACCAGGGUUACAAAGAGAGACCAUAUCUCAAAAAAAAAAAAAAAAAAAAAUUUAAAUGGGUGCCCAAGCUGGUGUCAUAAAGAACACUACACGGAGAAUACGGAGAAUUUUUUAUGGUGUGGCUAAUGGUUUUUAUUCUUAACUUCCUGAAGUGACAUCUAAAGCCCAAACCUGAAUAGACUGUGUAAGUUUUAGACCUUGGUAAAUCUUCUUUAAAUUGACGUGUUUAUGUAUUCCUGGGCAAUGACAUCAUAACUCCUACCACUGUAACAGAAUCCUGUGGUCAUAAACCUCUGGGCUUCUUCCUCCUAUGGCCACUGCGGAGCUUUGACUGUCAGUAUUGUAUGGGUCAGGGGUCACCACUGGACUUCAGGCCCACAGGCCGUGCACCCACCAGAAUCCAGAAACUACAAUCUUGGUCAACAUUUCUUAAUGCUUUGUAUGAAUUUUGUGCAAUUAUAAGUUCUGUUUGAACAAAAUGCUGUUACUCUUUAAGGCCCUAUUCAAUGACAAUGGAUGUAGCAUUCCCCAAUAAAGGGAGUGCACUGUUACUGUCAUUUUUUAAAUAUACUA